UCUUAGAUUUUCUCUUCUGCUGCUGUGGUGUGCAGUGGGAGUAAUACCACUCAAAUUCGGUAUUAAACCGGGCUUAGCUUUAAAUAGUUGUAAUUUUAUUCAUUUAAUGAACAGUGAUUUAGUUUAGAUUCAUACCAAAGACUGUCUUCUGUAAAUAGUUUUGACUGAAGACUUUGCAUCAACUGAUGCAUUAAAUUCAUCAGACAAGCCAGUCACAGUUAGUGUUCGUCUCUUUUGUGUCGUCCGUCGUAGUUGGUAGCAAUGUUGAUCAAAGAAUUUCGAGUCACGUUACCACUUACUGUUGAGGAAUACCAGGUCGCUCAGUUGUAUUCUGUAGCGGAGGCAAGUAAGAACGAGACUGGAGGCGGAGAGGGAAUAGAGGUGUUAAAGAAUGAACCCUUUGACAACUACCCUCUCCUGGGUGGCAAAUACAACAAGGGGCAGUACACCUACAAGAUAUACCACCUUCAGAGUAAGGUACCUGGGUUCAUCAAGUUGAUCGCUCCCAAGGGCUCGCUGGAGAUACACGAGGAGGCGUGGAACGCUUAUCCUUACUGCAAGACGGUCAUUACCAACCCUGGCUACAUGAAGGAGAACUUUAUGAUCGUCAUAGAGUCCUAUCACAUCGGGGACAGAGGUGAUAAGGAAAAUGUCCAUGAACUACCAGCCGACAAGCUCAAAAUUAGAGAGGUUGUCAAGAUCGACAUCGCCAAUGACCCGGUGUCGAGCGGGGACUACAAACCGAGUGAAGACCCGACCAAGUUUAAGUCAGAGAAGACGGGUCGAGGUCCGCUAACGGGCUGCUGGGUGGACGCUGUGGACCCGGUCAUGACCUGCUACAAGCUGGUCACUUGCGAGUUCAAGUGGUUCGGCCUACAGACCAGAGUGGAGAACUUCAUACAGAAGAGUGAACGCAGGUUGUUCACCGUCUUCCAUCGACAACUGUUCUGCUGGAUGGACCGCUGGCACGGGCUGACAAUGGAGGACAUCCGAGCACUCGAGGAGAAGACGAAGGAGGAGUUGGACCGUCAGAGGAAGCAAGGCGAGGUCCGGGGGAUGAAGGCAGACACCGACUAAACUCUCCUUCCCUCCUUCGUAAUGUAACAUAAUGUGAAACUGUGCAAAAUGAUGUAAUUGGGAUGUUAUAUGUUUUGCCUCAGCCAGGUCAAUUUAGAGAAGUGGUUAACGAGAUUGAUUUAAAGAAUGGGUUACAAGCCUUGCUUGUCAUACAGAAAAUGCUUGGAUACUCAAUACUAACAUGUUGUUUUUCCCUUUUGGACCAGUGCUUUGGGGUCGUAAAAUGUCAAGUUGUGACACAAAACCGGAUAGCCUUGUACUUUGAAUGUCUUGUGUUCUCUGUAAAGUAAAAAUUCAACAUUUAUUUAAAAAAUAGUUCAACUAUCAUGCUCUUGUAGGGAAUACAAUGAGACUUGGCUCUUUAAUAUUGCAAGUUAGGUUAUAUGCUUGGUACAUAUUUUAUAUUCUGGCUGUUAAAAGCAACCAAAACUGUACUGCAAAAGGUCUCUCUACCUCUUCUGUGGAACAUACUUUUUGUGGUUUGAGAAAAUGAAAUUUUAUUAUGUACAACUACAAACUAAUUGUUUGCUGUUUUGUCCCUAAUUUUUAAAACUGCUAUGAUUUUCUUUCUAAUUUCUUGCAUACCGCUUACAUAUUUGCAACUUAAACAAGUAUUUUUAGUUUAUGAUAUGGGGCAGCUAAACGCUUUGAAACGGCAAUGGAAUUUAGAUGGAAGCUGCAAGUUUACUUACAAUAGAAUUGUAGUACACAAUAUAGUUGUCUUUUAAGUUCAUUUAGAAAUUUUGUUAAUAAAUGUAAAACUAUUUGUUGAAGAAUUCUCUUUGAAGUAUGUACCUUGCCAAAUAAUCCUCUCUUAUUUGGUCAUAUUCAUUUAAACUGGUGCAAGGCAUUCAGCAUCCCAUGUAGGUAUAACAAAACUUGUAAAGUUUCACAUUUACAUAUUUUACCGUCUUCGAAACUUGUGUUUCAGUAUUACAGAAAUGCUGUAAAUGUAUAUUUUUUGCUAUAUUUGUAAGAUGUUUAUUUCAAAUUAGUGGUUGGGUGUUUUUAGUUAAAUACUAUUGCGAAUGUGUUUUAUAAUUUUAUAAGUCAAUAUUGUUUUGAGUAAAAUAUAUUUGUUUGUUUACCUUUUAGGAAUAAUUUCCUCUCAACUGUUACACACGACUUAAAAUCAUGUGGUAAUUCUUCAAUGUAAUUUUCUCGUAAAACAUUUAAAUUCUUUAUCAGCUGUAAAUAUUGUGUCAGACAUGGCACAUUCGUAAAUGUUUACAGUCCAUUAAUGGAGCUUUAACAUGUACAUAGCCAUUGUUAAUGGUCCUAAAUGGUGCGUAAAUCUGUAAUUAACGAACGUUAAAUGUUUUCGUAGAGUUCAGAUUAGUGUACAUAGCAUCUGUUACGAGUUAGAAGUAUUUAUUAUAGUCGUGUUACGAUAGUUGUGUACUGUGAAUCAAACAAGGGUUAGGUUAGGUGAAUUCAGGGUUUAGCCGCAUGUUUUGAGUGACUGUGUAGGCCUAGUUUUUACUGUGAAUAUUCAAUGAACUCUUUUAAGUUGAUUUUUAAAAUUCAAUCUCAGCUUGUUUGUGGACACCAAUCCCAUUUGGAUGUCUCGAGUGUUGGUCUUUAAUUUACUUUCUGUCUGUUUUAGGAGUGUAUUAAUUAACAAUUCUGCCAGAAAGGCCUAAAAUUAUAAUUUAUUUUUAAUUUGUUUGGUUUCUGUUAAACUUAGGUUUCAUUUUUUUAUAUAUUUUAUUAUUUCUAUGGAGCUUUAACACAUUGAGAAACUUUAAAACUUACUACGGUAACAAUUUUAAAUUUAUUUUUUUAUUUUGUUCCACAACCAAAAGUUAUGUUAUUUUAUUUUUAUGACAGGGUGGAAAAGAUUAUUUUUUUACUUCUUUUUUUCUGUAAAAACUAUGCAAAAACUGAGCAAGCAAAGCGUUUUACGCAAUCAUAUAGUUUACACCACUGUACAUUCUUAUUGGCUACAGUCUAAAAUUAGGAAAUGCAUAGAACUUGCUCCCUCAGUGUGCGCCAAGUGUGGAACAAAAACAGCUGAUAGAAAGCGCCACUAAAGAGAUACAGCAUCAUUUGAUUAUUUAUUGUACUGUAUUCUAUCACUGAUUAUCUAGAUUUACUGAUUUGGACAGUGCUAUAUAGUUUUAUCCAUCCAUUUGUGACCUUUUAUCAGCUGUUGCUAUUAAAAAGGUUAAAUGGCUUAAAUUUAGUAAAGUUUGGUGCCAUCAAAGUAUAAUACAUUUGUAUAAGUUCUUUUAUUGUACAUUUGUAUAAGUUCUUUCAUUGGCAGCUCUGCAUCUUUCUACUGGAAAGUGAGAAUGGACAUUACACGUCAGAAUGACUUCAUUACCACACCUAUCUGACUCAUUGACACGCUUUGAAUCAGAAUUAUAAUCAGAUGAAUCAUAAGCUGAGAGCACACUAUAUUGAACCUCUCUCUUUAUACUACCUGUAUUUCUAAACUUGUUGCCUCUCUUUUUAUUGUUUUAAUUAUUUGUUUAAAGAUUCUGUUUCCUUUGAAACUCAUUUUCUUCUGCCAACUAAGGUUUGUGCCUCUUAUCUAUAUACACACCUAUAGUAUUUUGUUUAUAAUUUAAUAUAUUUUUAUAGCAAUAGUAUCUCUUAAAUUUUUGUAUGCUCACACUCCAUAAAUGUUGAAUAUAAUAUAUAUUCAAUUACACAUCGUAAUCGUACUGUUAAUUGAUGUAUAGGUAUUUUAUUUCAGUUUUAUUUGUCUUCCACAAUAAAUUCUCUCUAAAUUGUUUCAUGGUAAGAAGUAGGCAUCAUUUAAUGGGGUCGUUUGUAAAAAGUUAGCUUAAGUAAAGUUUAAGAAGAGUAUUUUGCGAGAGUUAUUUUUUUGCCAUUUCCAUGUUUUCCCUGUAUACGUGUAUAUGUGUAUAUUGUUCUAUAAUAAGAUAUUGUUAACAAAUCUUAAUACAGCUCUAACUGUACAAUGUUAAAUAAAAUAAUUAAAUUUUCCUAAAAAUCCUAACUGUGGCUGGUACGUAUGUAUAAAGGUCAACCAGUUAGGAAAUUUUGUUCAUUAAACGCUGAAAUGUUAUAACUUGUUAAUUAUUUUUGUUAGAGUACAGGAAAGAUCGUGUUUUGUGAAAGCUUUCGCAUUUAUGCUUUUUUUCUCUAAAAUACAUUCCUACCGUUAACUCACCGCUAGCUUAAAAAUAGUUUAGUUUACUGCAUUCCAAGCUGCUCCUUUGCCGAGUUAGCUUCUUAUUAAACAGUUAUUUCAAUAAUCAGCUGUUUUAUCAAUGAACUGUGGUCAGUCAGCUGGUUUACCAUUUUCUAGAAUUUUUCAGAUCAUGACAAUAGUAAAUACGGUACAGACUUCCAUUCGUCUGUGUAAAUUGAGUACUUAAAAUAAUGCAACAUAAAUUUAGUGUAGAAUUAAGAGUUUAAUUUGAUCCCAUAACAUAGAGUCCAUAAGAAUUUUUUUGUAUUUGAAAUUAGCUUAUUUUAACAAGAUGAAUUUUUAAUGCAUAGUUUAAGAUUUUAAUUAUUCUUGGAUCACAAUCUAUCUUAAAUGUUAUAAAGUGUAUCAGAAGUGCUCUUUAUAAUUGAUUUAAUUUAUUGUAGUUUGAAUUUGGGUUAGUAUUAUAUUAAACGUUUUUUAGCAUAUUAACUAUGGAUAAAGUUACCAAAUAACUUGUACAAUUUGUGUUUGUGGCAUGACCAGAUCAUUUUUGAAGAUAAUGAUAUAACCAUUUUCUUAGAAGGAACAAGUUGCAAGUAUAAGUUUUUGUUUCCCAAAUAAUUAAUAAAUUGUUCUUUGAUUCAACUGAAGAGAGUAAGUAAUUAGUGUUUGCCCUUAUGAACUGAUUUUCUUUGUUUAGUAAUAUUCAAUUCAAAAAAUAAAAACCCAGUCAAAAAUAUUUUCAUUUGUUUUAUGUUAAAAAAAUGUUUUGAUAUAAAGAGUUUUUAUAGUUUUGGUGAUGAACAAGUCUGCAAAGAAAUGGAAUCUGAGAUCAUACAAAACUGAGAUGAGAAUUCUUUUCACAAAUAAUGUGAAGGAGUUGGAUUGCAAACAUUCUGAAUAAAAUUACUUAGACCUACUCUAAACCCUGUGAAAUUCAAUCAUCUAAGUUUAUUUUAAUUGCUUUCUCUUUAAAUUGCUAUUAAAAGCUCUUUAGAUGUUGGUCAACCUUUAGAAGGUAUUUUCAGAAGUGAAUUUGUCAAUCCACAAUGUUCUUUGACAGUUUUAGGUGUUAUUAAUGACUACGCAAGCUGCAGUCAAGCAAUAAACUUAUUGCGUACAUAGUAAGUACGUGUUCAUUCUCUGUGUUAGUCCUAUUCACCUUUUAGACAGCUCAAUCUCGCUACUUCUUGAGACAGUCUAGUGUUGCAUCAAAUUAUACAAAAGGUUUAAAGCUUUUGUCUCCAGGAAUGGUGAGAUUAUGACCCAAAGUUUUGCAUCCAAUGUAUUUACUUUUUCAAACUGUCCCCCUUUGCAGGCUAGCUGUUUCGGUUUUAUUUUAGUGGGUCAAUAAAGUACUAUCUACAAUGUUA